UGGUACGUUUCUUUCAGAAAAAUAAGAAUCGUUGGCAAACAAACUGACGUAUAUACGCGCUAGUACUGGCUUACUUCUCAUGCUGUAUUAACGGACAACUUUCAUUAUUCCAAACUUAUAAAUAAAGCAAGAUGCUGCAGCACUUAUUGGGUGAUAUCAAUGUUAGCUCGUUGGUGAUAUUUUUCACUGCUUUUCUCGCUUUGUAUUACUGGUACACACGACCAAAGAACUUUCCACCAGGACCAAGAGGUGUUCCAUUUCUGGGAGUCAUACCUUUCCUUGGCAAUUACCCUGAACGUGUAAUGCGAAAAUGGAGCAAGAAAUAUGGACCUGUGAUGUCUGUACGUAUGGGACGAGAGGACUGGGUGAUACUCAAUGACUAUGAAAAUAUACAGAAGGCUUUAGUAAAGCAAGGACACAGCUUUUCUGGAAGGCCAGACAUACCUGUUUUUACGCAAAUUAAUAAUGGAAUGGGUUUGCUUACGGUUGAUUAUAAUGAUCAUUGGAAAAUGCAAAGACGAUUUGGAAUCACUACACUUAGAGGGUUUGGAGUUGGUAAGCGAAGCAUGGAGGAUCGUAUUGUGGAAGAAGUCGCCUACUUAAACGACGCUAUUCGUUCACACAACGACAAACCGUUUGAUAUACUGGGUGUUCUAAGCAACGCAGUUUCAAACAACAUAUGUAGCAUUGUGAUGGGAAGGAGAUUCGAUUAUGACGAUGAAAGAUAUAAAGAAAUAAUGUUUAGACUCUCCAGAAGGUUAGUCAAUGUUUAUUCAAACUCUAUCUAUAUUUUGUCUGUUUAAGAGUUACCAUAAUAU